UCCGCGGUCCCGCCCCCCGCGGCCUCUGCCUGGCCUCCGCCUCCUUUGCCGCGGCCCCUUUCCCAGGCUUUGGGCCGCGCUCCGCAGCCCAGGGAGGGAAGGCGACGGGACGGCCGGGCAUAUUUAGCCCGGGGCCUCCCGCCCGCCAUGGAGGGAGAGGGAGCCGUUUCCCGUGGCUACCAGCCAGCCAGCCCGCCCCGGGACGCCUGCACCUACAGCAGCUGCUACUGUGAAGAAAAUAUCUGGAAGCUUUGUGAAUACAUAAAAAACCAUGAUCAAUAUCCUUUGGAAGAAUGUUAUGCUGUCUUCAUAUCUAAUGAGAGAAAGAUGAUCCCAAUCUGGAAGCAGCAGGCCAGACCUGGAGAUGGACCUAUCAUUUGGGAUUACCAUGUUGUUUUGCUUCAUGUUUCAAGUGGAGGACAGAGUUUCAUUUAUGAUCUUGAUACGGUGCUGCCAUUUCCAUGCCCCUUUGACACUUACGUAGAAGAUGCCUUUAAGUCUGAUGAUGAUAUUCACCCACAAUUUAGAAGAAAAUUUCGGGUGAUUCGAGCAGACUUGUAUUUGAAGAACUUUGCGUCUGACCGAUCUCACAUGAAAGAUUCCAGUGGAAAUUGGAGAGAGCCUCCUCCUCCCUACCCCUGCAUUCAAACUGGAGCUUCAAAAAUGAACCUGAAUGAUUUUAUCAGUAUGAAUCCUGAAGUUGGAUGGGGAGCUAUAUACACACUACCUGACUUUGUACAUCGAUUUAGCAGUAAGAACUGAUUUCAGCAUAUGUACAUGGAAAAUGGAAUAAUUCUGGGACACAUAUUUGCUUUUCCUUUUGCAUGAUGUGAAUAUCAAUACCCUCCAGGUUUGUAUGUAGUUUACAGUGAGAUUGGCACAGAAUUAGGUUUUUCUAUUUUACUUAAUGAAAUUGAAAUUUGAGUGCAUACAUGUAAAAAAUUGA